GCGGAUAAACUUUAUUUCACCACAUUAGAAUCCCGACCCCUGAUCUCAGAGGAAGCAUUGUUUAAAAAUGGCCCCUAAUUCUAAACCUGGUUUACCAAAGCUAGUUAUAAACGGAAAAAAUGAAAUCCCCGUGGGAGAAGAUGCCGAAGAUUCAGCAGUUCCAUCAGAACAGGUUAAUGCUGUGGAUAAGUCUAAAACUGAAGACCCACCACCAACACCACAACCAAAAUUACCCACCUUUAAAGAGAAAUUAUUUUCUUGGCGUUGGCGGAUAUCUAUGAUUUUGAGUCUGGGUAAUUUUGCCACGAUGAAUAUGCGAGGUGCCAUGGCAAUGGCUAUUGUAUGCAUGGCUGGUGCUGGCGGCGAAAAAAACACCAGUUCACUCCCGACAAGCAGCAAUAUGACACCAUACUGGAAUGAGACCAGACCUCAAGGAAACUUGAAUGAAUAUGAGUUUGACUGGGAUAGAUCUAUACGGGGUACUAUACUCUCUGCUACCAUGUACUGUGGAUUUUUUGCACCAUUCCUCGGCGGACUAUUAUCCCAGAAAUUUGGUGCAAGAUUAGUUGUGGGUAUUGCGAUGAUGGCAGCCGGUAUCUCGUGUCUGUUGAUACCAGAGAUGACAAGAUUGCAUGUCUAUGCAUUGGUUACUCUUAGGUUCUUCCUGGGAGUUUUUACGGUUAGUAAUAUUGCAGCUUUCCAAGAUAUCUGGUCUCAGUGGGCUCCACAGUUAGAACGAGUUACUCUCGUGUCAUUCAGUAUAUCGGGAGUAAAUUUCGCCAACAUGUUCUCGUCAUUGGUCUCUGGUUUUCUCUGUACAAUACCGUAUGAUAAUGGUUGGCCGUUUGUAUUUUAUUUAUUUGGUGGCACGACCGUAUUGUGGAGUAUUCUAUGGAUGGUGUUUGUAUAUAACACACCGGAAGAACAUCCAUUUAUAUCAGAGGCUGAGAAGCAAUAUAUCAAAGAGAAUAGAACCGGUAUGGGCAAUAAGAAGAAAGUAAGUCCACCAUGGUGUAAACUUCUCACAUCUCGAGCAGUAUGGGCGUUUGUGUUUGUUCAGACCUGUAACAUGUGGUGUGCUGUCACGUUAUUUCUGUAUUUACCAGUGUAUCUUAACAGUAUCCUGGGAUUCCCCAUUGACGUGACUGGCCUGUUAUUAUCAAUACCUUUUAUGUGUAGAUUUUUUGGAUCCUUAUUUUGGGGAUAUAUAUCAGAUCUGCUUCUCAGGAAGACCAAGUUAGGUGUAACUAAAAUCAGAAAAAUUAUCCAGACUAUUGGUUUUACAACCAGUGCGACGACAGCAGGCUUACUAACAUUUAUACCAGAAGACUAUCGAACGGUCGCCAUUGCUGUAAUUGCUAUCCUGAUGUUCUUCCAAUCGGCAUCAAUGGCGUCAUCCGCUAUAAUCCCUCUAGACAUCGCACCAAGGUAUGCUGGUAUUAUAACUGGUGGCUUCGUUGUGAUGGGGUCUGUUCUGGGUAUAUUAGCGCCAAUGGUAACAUCCAUGUUAAUCUAUGGUGGUACGCGAGAAGUAGAAUGGAGAAUUGUGUUUUUUAUUCUGGCUGGUUUCUACACUACUGGUAUGCUGACAUUCAAUAUAAUGGGUAGUGCUGAAUUACAAAGUUGGGCAGAUGAAAAGUCAAAUCAAGAAAUUGGCGACGAAGACGUGGAGGAUAAAGAUGUUAAUGGUGAUGGUUUGGAUAAUAUGGCUUUUGAAAUAGAUAUACCGUCAUCUGAUGGGAUGAGGAAAGACAAAGGAGAAUCAAAUGGAUCAGUAAGGCGUAUAAGAACGAUUAGUACGACUACGGGUUGUAGCAGUGGUCCGAGAACAGCCGAAGUCUCUGUUGCCAUUGUUCAGCCUUCAGUAUUUGGAACUCCACAGAUGGUGAUGAAGUUUAAACAACCCAUACAAACACCCAAGUCACCACAGUCAGCUGUAGACAAAUCGCCCUUCUUCACACAGCCAAUGGUUCAUGCUAAUGCUUCACCCAACUGCGAGAAACGAGCAAACGGUCUAGAUAUAACGUCAUCAGUUAUACCGCUAGAUACAGAUAAGAGGCCUAUGGAUUACAACCAAUCACAGAUUAAUACUGACCAUGUACCCGAUGAAACUUAUAAGACACACCUUUAGUCUUUUUAUUUUAA